AUGAUUCUGCGCGCCGCGCUCCAAUUCAUCGUUGAGCAGAGGAGCGCGGAAGAUGUUCCUUCCAUCGGUCCCCGAAGAAUCACCCCAUUAGUGAUUGACCCUCUACCCUCUGCUCACCGCAAUGGUCUCAUUGCUGUAGCUGUGGCAUCUCUGAUCUCAGCCCUCACAACCGUGGGAUUGUUCAUUUUCAUCACCCAUCGUCUUAUUUUUUGGCGCAAAUACCACUCCAGCUACAUCGGCUACAACCAAUACAUUAUCCUGAUCUACAACCUCCUGAUCGCGGAUCUUCAAGUGGCCCUUGGCUUUCUUCUCUCCUUGCAGUGGGCUGUGCAAAACUCCAUCAGCUUCAAAGAUGCCACAUGCCCAGUUCAAGGCUGGUUGUUGCAAAUUGGGGAUCCGGCAAGUGGCAUAUUUGUGCUGGCAAUUGCCCUUCAUACCUUCUCGAUAGUCGUUUUGGGUAAAAAAAUGUCACACCCCGUUUUUAUCUGUUUCGUAGUGCUGCUUUGGGUAUUUUGUCUUCUGUUGGUGCUGAUUCCGAUAUCCAUGUAUGGGAAAAAUACAUUCGCUCCGUCAGGCGCUUGGUGUUGGAUUGAUGAGAAAUUUGAAGCAGCACGACUUUGGGGCCAUUAUUUCUGGAUAUUUUUUGCAGAAUUCGGCUCCAUCGCUCUCUAUUCGGUCUUAUUUUUCUAUCUUCGGCGCCAGGUAUGCUCCGCCCCACUCAUGGGACGUGGCCAAAAAGAGAAUUUACGUCGUCUCCGCCGGGUGACGGGUUACAUGGUACUCUACCCCUUGGCAUAUAUCGUGUUGUCUUUACCAUUGGCAGCCGGCCGCAUGGCCAUGGCUCGCGGCGAAAGGUUAAACGUUGUAUAUUUUUGCGCGGCGGGCGCUUUGAUGUCUAGUUCCGGUCUUGUCGACGUUGCCAUGUAUGCGUUUACACGUCGGGCCCUACUUCUGGACUCCCAAAUCUCCAACGCGGACCGAACAUACAGUUCCACCAGAUACCAGAUCAACAACAAUCACAUUGCAACGGUCACUGCAGAAAAUUCAACGACUCGCGGCUUUGGUGCUCGACCCCAUCAUUACAACCAUCGACACGGCGAUUCUGAACAUGUACAAUCGACGGAGAAUAUUAUUUCCCAGGAACCGGACCACGAAAUGCUAGAUGGGAUGGGCAAGGUGUACCAGCAAACAACAAUUGAGAUUACCAGUGAGCCGGCGGAUAAAAGUGGCCGGAAUCGCUCUGGCGGUGGCUCGUUAACUGGUCCGUCGAGCGACUCGGUGAACCCCACAGAUCCGAUUGCACCGCCAGGGAGGAUUUGGAUGCGCCCUAAGUAG